AUGUCUCAACUGUCGAACAUGCUGAAAGAGCACCAGAAGAAGCAGACAUUGCGGCGGGAAGUGCACGAGAAACUGCGCAACGAGGCGGUCGUCGCCGCGCAGACACUCUCCACCGCCGUCGUCGAUCAUCUCAACGCAAAGUUCGUGCUCUAUGGAAGAAAUGUAUAAAAAGACGUCUCAAACAGAGAAAUACGGCCAAAAACUAGAAUCUUCCACUUUUCCCGUCGUUUCGGUUUGCCGUUCUUCUAAUAGAAGCGAAAGAAAGAAAUUGGCCCGCUCAAACUGCAAAAAGUGUCCGAAAAAUGACUGAAUAUCGAGCAUUUUUAGCGACAAAACUCAAAAUCGAUUCAACUAUUCCAGUUCCUAUUAAAAUCUAUUCGUUUUAGGCUUAAAUUAUGUGCUCUUUUAAAUUUCACAAAUAUAUGCAAGCACAUCGCAGAUUCGGCGAAAAGUAUGAAAAAAUAUGUUAAAAUUAGGCCACGCCCCUCUUGAACGAACAAAAUUUGAAAGAAUAACUUGCAGAGUGGCUCAAGCGUACGGAAACCAGAAGCGACUGGACGUCGAGGCGAAACGCUUCGAGAACAAUUCGGCGGCGCUGGCCAGACAGACCGAGCAGUGGCUCUUCAUCACCGAAGGACUCAACUACGCACUCAAGGUUUGCAAUCGUUUUUUGUGUGCAACGUGAAUGUCAAUUUCCUUAAAAAAUCUGCAAAUUUCCAGGAGAUCGGAGACGUCGAAAAUUGGUCGCAGACGAUCGAGAACGACAUGAAAAUCAUUACGGAAACGUUGAGAAGAGCCUAUGGUAAAACUUCCGAAAAACUUUCUUUUUUCACUAAAAAAUUCAUUUUCAGAAGCGAAAAACCUGCCCACCGUUGCUCCGAAUUCCCUGAACGCUUGA